AUGGCUUGCUCGUUCAAGGACCUCAAUCUCAUCGAUGAUUUAAUUAAAAAUUGUCAACGCCUUGGAUAUACUAGCCCCACUGAGAUCCAGCAACAGUCGAUCCCUUACUCGCUCCAAUCGAGGGAUAUCAUUGGUUUAGCCCAGACAGGCAGCGGGAAGACUGCCGCGUUUGCGUUGCCUGUUAUACAGCUUCUGUACGAUACUCCCUCCCCUUACUUCUGCUGCGUCCUCGCUCCCACCAGAGAACUCGCGUACCAAAUCUCUGAGCAGUUCGACGCCCUCGGUUCAAGCAUCGGUCUACGCACUGCCACCAUCGUUGGUGGUAUGGACAUGAUGACCCAGUCUAUAGCCCUCUCCAAGAAACCGCACGUCAUCGUCGCAACCCCUGGGCGCCUCCACGAUCACCUCGAGAACACAAAGGGCUUCUCCCUCCGGAAUAUCAAGUUUCUUAUCAUGGACGAGGCUGACAGAUUGCUUGAUAUGGAUUUCGGUCCGAUCAUCGACAAGCUCUUGAAGAUCCUCCCAAAAUCACGCACAACCAUGCUCUUCUCCGCGACAAUGACCACGAAAGUCGCCAAACUUCAACGUGCCUCGCUCUCCAACCCAGUUAAGGUGGAAGUGAGUGACAAGUACCAGACUGUGUCUACGCUGUUGCAACACUACCUCUUCUUCCCCUUCAAACUCAAAGACAGCUAUCUCAUCUACUUGGCUAACGAAGUAGCUGGCCAUUCGAUGAUUAUUUUCACCCGCACUGUCGCAGAUGCUCAACGCAUUUCCAUCAUUCUCCGCAACCUUGGUUUUCCCGCGAUACCUUUGCACGGUCAAUUGUCUCAGUCAUCCCGACUUGGCGCCCUCAACAAAUUCAAAGCAGGUGGACGCAACAUUCUCGUAGCUACCGAUGUAGCUAGUCGUGGGCUGGAUAUUCCUAGUGUGGACUACGUCGUCAACUACGAUACACCAUCCAACUCUAAAGACUACAUCCACCGUGUGGGUAGAACAGCGAGAGCAGGACGCAGUGGUAAGGCUGUCACUUUCGUCACUCAAUACGACGUGGAACUCCUCCAACGUAUCGAAAAAUCUACCAACGUUAAAAUGGAGGAAUUCCCUCACGAUAAACAGGCCAUUCCCCUCCUCGUCGAACGCGUCAACGAAGCGGCGAGAUUGGCCGCAGUGGAAAUGCGCGAAUCGCAGCAAAAGAAACGCAAAGGCAAGCAUUCAGCGAGAGACGAUAUGGAUAUGGAUGACGACGUUGCUAGUCUCCCCAAAACUACCUCCCAAGGCAAAAAGAAGCAGAAGAAGUUUUAG